UUGUGUUCACGUUCUUCUCUAGCUUCCAACACCAACAGUACUCUGACCAAAGGCGGGCCAUCCCUCAAUUCCUCAUCCACCCUCGUUUCCCCAAACGACCACUUCACUUUGGCCUUCAGCCGGCCCGGCGACUGGGAACCCACCGACAGCAGCUACCUCGGGAUACGGUACAACGAUUUCACCGAGUUCUGCUGGACAGCGAACCACCACUUCCCCAUCUCCGACGGCUCAUGA